AUGGCCGACAAGCUUCGCACCCAACAAGAACUCGAGCGCCUGCAGGCCAAGUACGUCGGAACCGGCCACCCCGAUACCACGAGCUGGGAGUGGCGGACAAACAUCCAGCGCGACACAUAUGCCUCCAUCGCGGGCCACCGGCCGUUGCUAUCAUACGUGGCUCUCGCUGAGAAUGAGCCGCUUGUAAAGGUUCGCGCGAGGAUGAUCAGGAAAAUGAUACAGCCGGCCGGGCCACCUCCGCCCCGUGAGGAAUAG